AUGGCAAAUUUCUAUCUGGCAGGUCUACUGGCCUGCUUGACGCAAGUAGCCGCUCACGGUUAUGUCAAGAACAUUGUCAUCAACGGAGUUUCCUUCCAGGGCUACGAUCCGACGGUCUUCCCAUACCAGUCAAACCCACCCAUCGUGAUCGGCUGGACGACAUCGCAGACAGAUCUUGGCUUUGUCGAUCCCGGGUCUUUCGGCGCACCAGACAUCAUCUGCCACCGAAGUGCCAAACCAGCUGGAGGCCAUGUCCGUGUCGCAGCAGGUGACUCUAUCGCCUUGACCUGGAACACCUGGCCUGAUUCGCACCAUGGGCCCAUCAUCGACUACCUGGCGCCGUGCAACGGGCCGUGCGAGUCGGUCGACAAGACAACCUUGCGCUUCUUCAAGAUUGACGGCGCCGGCAAGGCGGACCCGGCGGCCACUGCCAGUCCGGGGUACUGGGCCGACGAUGUCAUGAUGGCCGACGGGCUGACGUGGCUCGUCAAGAUCCCGGCGUCGGUCAAGCCCGGCAACUACGUCCUUCGGCACGAGAUCAUUGCCCUCCACAGUGCCAACCAGGCCAACGGCGCUCAGGCCUACCCGCAGUGCUUCAACCUCGAGGUCGUGGGAUCUGGUACUGAUGCGCCUACGGGCGUGCUCGGCACUGACCUGUACAAGCCCACCGAUCCGGGCAUCUUGUACAAUCUGUACACCACGCCUCAGCCAUCGUACACGGUGCCCGGGCCGGCCCUCAUUGCGGGCGCGAGUUCGAGCGCGGCCCAGUCGAGCUCGGCCAUUACCGCCAGUGGUACCGCGACGGUCGGCUACACCUCGACGACAAGCAGCACCGCCAGCUCGAGUUCCAGCUCCACCAAGCCAACCACUUCAUCCUCGAGCACCAGCACCAGCACCAGCAGUAGCAGCAACGGUGCGACGGCCACGACUUCCCGCUCAACGAGCACAAGUGUGCCCGUCACAACCACGGGUUCUUCAUCCAGGACCAGCACGACCACGACACCGACCCAGACGUCCUCGUCCUCCAGCAGCAGCAGCAGCAGUGUCUCGAGCACAGCGGCUAUGCCCAGCUCGAGUCUGGUGCCUCUAUACCAGCAGUGCGGCGGCAGGAACUGGGGUGGCGGAACUCAGUGCGCUCCCACGCACGUCGCUUGCCAGUACGUGAAUGACUAUUACUCUCAGUGCACCCUGGUUGCCGGAUAG